AUGGCCCAACCAUUAGCACCUCCUUCGCCACCUACUACAACUACUUCAACAGGUCAUCACACCACGCACAAGAAACACAAUCGCCAUCAUGUUAAACGACGUUCAGCUGGUCGAGUCCAUGUCACCAAAUUGGCUCCCAUGGCGAGAGCUAACACUUCACAUACCGACACAGAGGCUGAUAUUGAGCACCAUGACAACAAUAAUGGCAACCAUAAGCGACCUCAUAUGCGUAGAUCACAGUCGCAACGUUCAUUAAACCGGCUUUCGAAUGGCGAAAGAAAAGGUGGAGGAGGAUUAACUGCACUAGCACCCAUUCAUCCAUCCAAGACAUCAUCUACUGUUGCUGCUGCUGCUGCUACCACAUCAUCACCACCCACUACCCCAUCACCACCACCUAGUGCAACUGAAAAUGAUGAAGAAGAGGAACAAAAACCAUCUCGACCCAAGAAACAACAACAACCACAACAACAACGUAGUAAACAAGAUGAGAAGGGACAAUCAUCAACAAUAGCGCCACGUAAAGAUAGCCCCGCGUUCUUUGUUUCAAGUCAAGCGCCCGCUGCACCUAUCGAACAAACAUUCAACGCAGUAGCCAAGAACCUUGUCUCAUCUAAUAAUACUUCAUCACAUACUUCGCUACCAUCCAUUCAACCAUCAUCCAAUCAUCGAUCUUCUCAACCAUUACGAUCCCAAUUCAUUGAUGAAACAAUCGAUAUCCACCACCAUCACCCUAAGCAACGUACACCGGUAUCAUCCACAGCAACAGCAACAACAACAACAGCUGAUGCGAAUGGGAAACGAUUAAGUAAUGUUGCAGCAGCAGCCAAUGCACAACCUCCCGGCAUGUCACGCACUCAACAAAAAUUACUUUUGCAACGACAACAUUGUUUAGUGGAUGAUGAGAACAACCUUGGUCACCCAAAGAAUAUGCGAAGACUUACUCGGGAAUUGGAACGCGUGGGUCGUGAAUACCAAUGCGUGAGACGCUAUCAUGAUCCAAUGAUGGAAAGUUUACAACGAUGUCUUGAGCAACAACAACAGCAGCAACAACAACCAAGAAUGAGAUUGAGCCAACGUACUCGAUCAUCAGCCGUAUUACCUACAUUCACCGAAUCAGCUGCAACGACCACUACAGCACAUCUUGAACCCCAUUAUGAGCAACGUCAAGCUAUUCAUCGUCGACAUUUACAAUUGAAAAUGAUGGCUCAGCAAGGACAUAGCCAUUAUCAUCCAGUGGAUCCUCCCCCAUCUCCCACUCAGUCAGCUGCUACAGGUACUUUGAAUAUCAUCCGUUGGAGUGCCGGCGUACUUUUGGAUCGUGUGUGGAAUGGCAGUAGUAGUAGUUAUAGUUAA